ACCUUUCUACCCUUGUUCUUUUUUCCUUUUUUAUUGUAUGCUAAAGUUAUAUAUUUACCUCUUGUGUUUUUUACUUUUACCAAAUUAUUAUUUUUUCACAGAUUCUUCCUUGUUGUUCACUCGCUCAAGAUCUCUCCCAAGAAAAACCCUAAACUCAUCUGACCGGAGAUUGACGACGACGACGCUACAAACAAUGUCUUCCACGGCUAAACGGACUUCUUCUUCUUCCUCGUUGUCGUCAUGGGGGAAUCAUCAGUCCAAGGAUAAUCCACUCUGCUAUGGAGAUAUCACAAACCAGAGGAGCGGAUCUCCUCCUAGAAAAUUAGGGUUAGGGUUUACUCUGAUCUGUAAAUUCGUUCAACCACUCAAGUUUCACUAUUGUUCCAAAAAAACCAACCAAACAAAACCUCUCGAAUUGCUUAAUCCUUCUGAUUUGGGAAAAGAAGAUGAUGAUGAUAGUAGUAACUUGGGUGAGGAUCCACAGCUUUGUGGUGCCUUUACAUGCGAUAUUUACGAGCAUAAUCUGCGUUCAUCCGAGGCGAAGAAAAGGCCUGCUAUCGAUUACAUGGAGAGGGUUCAACCAAACAUCGACGCCACCAUGCGUGCCAUCCUGAUCGAUUGGCUCGUGGAGGUUGCUGAAGAGUUUAGCCUUCCGCCAGAGACUUUGUACCUGGCGGUGAACUGUUUAGACAGGUAUCUUUCGGGAAACGUGAUCACAAAGCUAAACCUCCAGUUGCUUGGUGUUUCAUGCAUCAUGAUUUCAGCUAAAUAUUAUGGACGAGGAUCAGUGCGUGCGCCUCUUCGUCAGGUGGAGAGUUUCUGUUACAUCACCGAUUACACCUACUCGAGAAACGAGCUCCUGGAGAUGGAGUCUUGUGUUCUCAACUACUUGAAGUUCGAGUUAACAACUCCAACGGCAAACUGUUUUUUAAGCCACUUUGUCCCUCAAGGCAAAAGAGAGGAGGUCCCAUCGUCCCACCUCUUGUUUGAGUCGCUAGCGAGCUAUCUCUGCGAAUUAUCUCUCUUGGAUUACGCUAUGCUUCGCUACGCUCCAUCACUCGUCGCAGCCUCUGCUGUUUUCUUGGCACGAUACGUGUUACAUCCUUCGAGAAAACCAUCGUGGAGCUCUACGUUGGAGCAUUACACACGGUACAGGGCUCAGCAUUUGGAAGCGUGCGUUAAGAAUCUUCUUCGGCUGUGUCAUGAGAGUCCCUCAGGUGAUAAUGUAGUUGCAGUCAGAAAGAAGUACAGUAAAGCCAAAUACAAGUUUGCAGCAAACAUGUUUUACCCCUCCUCACUGCCGGUGCCACAAGAGCUCUUCCUCUGAUUGGCUUCCUUUUUGUUUUUAAUUUCCUCGUCUUGUUGAUAGAAACUCAUUGGGUCAGAGACCAAUGUGUUCAGUUCGAUUCAUGUAAUGAACAUAAAACAAUUUAUAAAAGAGAAGUAAAUAAUCCACCAAAAAAAGUUAUACCUUUCUUAUUAAAAGCUUAUAAAUCUAAUGAGAUAUGUGAUUAUGAGAUCUUUUAGCAUUUUCUUCUAUAUCAAAAAUUAUUAAGUGCAUUUUUUACGAGAUAUUAGGACGAUUUUGUUAUUUUUACUUUUAUUGUCUCCACUCCAGAGAUUGAAAGUGUUUUGGUUGGUUUAAAUCUGCUAAAUUCCGUUUAUUUUGUCUUUAUCUCCUUUUGCUAGAGUAGUACGUAGUUUCCUCUGAUCCUUUCAUUUAGUAAAGUCUAAAAGGAUUUCAUCACAGAAUCUAGACCCACUUACAAGACUGGUUAGAUUCAUAAAGCAAUAGCUCAACACUAUCUAUCUAUAGUCUAUACAUUGAUUAGCUCUCUUAAAAAUGCUCUUCGACUUCAGUACUUCAAUGUACAACUCUGGCCUUGAUGCUGACAACAUUGAAGAUAGACACAAGUCUUCAGCGCAGAAAAAUGUCAAGAUUUUUAUUCACCUGAAAAAUAUAAUCUACAAUCAUACUUUUAUUUUUUGAAAUAUUUUUUUUUGAAACACUAUUUACAAUCAUACUAAAGGUUAGAUUUAGUUAUAUCCACAGUACAUAAAUCAACAUGCGCUUGUCAUAUGCAACAUCAACACCAUACAAUUUACAAUGAUACUGAAACAAAUUGCAUGCAGUUUCUGCAUAAUCAUAUGCAACAUACGCUUGUGAAAUAUAUAUAUAUAUAUAUACCUAACCUGUGUGUACCAUCUCCCCAAAACUGCAACUGUACCAUCAUAUGCUUGAGAUCAAAAGCAUGAAAGUAACGCAUGAGUUUCAGCUAAUGGUGUAACCUACUUAUUCAUUUGCCAAAGAACCCAUCUUCUUUCAUUUUCCUAAACAGCGCAUCAGCUACAUGAAUUAGGCCUCGUCUACUAAAUCCCGACAUCAUUGUAGUAUAUGCUACAACAUUAGGCUUUAUUAUUUUAGAGAACAGGAUACCAAAAUAAAACCAAAGCAUCCUCAACCUUGCACAUCUGUUGAAUAAUGAUAGUAUACUACCAAUACUAACAUCCGUUUGUCUCUUUCGCAUGUACUCAAAUAUCAUCAGCGCUUUCUCUACGUUCCUGCAAAUGCUUUUAGAUGAAUUGUCACGCCUAUGAUUCGUGUAGAGUUGUUUAGGAAAAUGUUUGUUUAAAGAAUAUUAAUAUACAUCAUUGCAACAUAAUUUAACAAAAAAUGAUAAUAGCUGCAGUGAAAUCAAGUUGACCUUAUAGCUGAAGAUUCACAACACACUAGCUCAACAAUAUGACUUUACACGCCAACCAACACCAAAGUAAACUUCCGAAAGACCGGUGACCUAGCGGUUCUCUUCUGACGACCAAUCUUCACAGGUCCUAUAUAUGCCUUAUACAUGAUACAUUCAUCAACUUUCUUUACAAUAUUAACUUCGUAUCUUGAUUGUUCUCUAAGUAUAGUAAAAAUCAAGUUGUAUCCAAUGUUACAAGUUUUUGGUUCAGUUACCCGAAUCUUCAAAAUGGGAAACUUUUAAUUACCUUCAAGAUGACAUCUCUUUUGAAAAGGGUCUGUACAGAAUUUAUGUGUAGCUAAUUAGGUAUGUGACCUUGAAGAUCAUAUCAUCGUACAACCUUUUUUUUUUGUCUUGUCUUAUAUCAUCAACACUAGGAUAAGACCCGCGCCUUGCGCGGGAUUAAGUUAUUAUUUUUAUUAUAUUUUGGAGAAUGAAACAAUAGUUUGGCUUCAUUUGGAUUACGGGUGUUCAACCCGGAUAUCGGGUUGGUUUCGGUUCGGUUCGGUUUUUUCGGUAUUUGGUUAGUAAAAUAUAACUACUAUUCUAAAUUCAUAUUUAUUUUGACUUUAGUCUUUCACAUACUUUUGAAAGAUUUCAACUGGACGACUAAGAGCUUGACUGGUUUCCCCGCUACCACCCGCAAACGCAGCUUUUGCGGUUGGUAGCGGUUGAUAGCGUUUCAAAACAAUCAUAUAAACUGCUACAAAUCGUUUCAAACCGCUCCGAACCUCUUAAAAUCAAAAGUUGGUUCCAGCUAGCCUUUGCGGUUGCGGACGGUUGCGGGAGGAUAAUUUUUUUUUCUUUUUUUUAAAAACCAUAUAAAUACAAAAAUAAAAAUAUUCAAUAAAUUUUUUAAAAUGAAAUUAU